GUUUACAAAAAUGUGAGGGGUGUACUCACUUUUGUGAGAUACUGUAUCUACAAAGAAAAUGUAUGGUGGCUAACCGUCAAGGGAAGUCCCACAACGCCACUGAGUCACCGGAUUAACUUUAUGUCCUAUAAAGGAAGCCAGCUUACCGGCAAGAAGGGGAGAAACAUCAAAGCUCAGUGUUCUCCUCUUGGAUUGUACAAGCGAUCGCUUUUUCAUAUUGCCUUGCCUGUUCUUGCCUGUGAUCAUUUUCGUCACAUUGAGGAAUUAUUGGAAGUUGUGGAUUUUCCUUAGGGACUGAGUCACAGAACAUCCGUGCUUCUCAUGAGCUCCCGGACUGAGGCAUGUUAUCGGUGAGGCCGUCCCUGGACCUUUACCAACAAUUCAAACGCACGCACAAUUUUGUAUAUUGCGUAUAAUUUGCUGUUCCCUGUAUUUUCUUUAACUUUUUGUAUAAUACACUUUGGUUUUGACAGAGCUACUGGUAGCAAGGUUUUUCUUUCUUGAGUGUAUACGGUAUCUCACAAAAGUGAGUACACCCCUCACAUUUUUGUAAAUAUUUGAUUAUAUCUUUUCAUGUGACAACACUGAAGAAAUGACACUUUGCUACAAUGUAAAGUAGUGAGUGUACAGCUUGUGUAACAGUGUAAAUUUGCUGUCCCCUUAAAACAACUCAACACACAGCCAUUAAUGUCUAAACCGCUGGCAACAAAAGUGAGUACACCCCUAAGUGAAAAUGUCCAAAUUGGGCCCAAUUAGCCAUUUUCCCUCCCCGGUGUCAUGUGACUUGUUAGUGUUACAAGGUCUCAGGUGUGCAUUAGGAGCAGGUGUGUUAAAUUUGGUGUCAUCGCCCUCACACUCGUCACUAGAAGUUCAAAAUGGCACUUCAUGGCAAAGAACUCUCUGAGGAUCUGAUAGAAAGAAUUUUGCUCUACAUAAAGAUGGCCUAGGCUAUAAGAAGAUUGCCAAGGCCCUGACACUGAGCUGCAGCACGGUGGCCAAGACUAUACAGCGGUUUAACAGGACAGGUUCCACUCAGAACAGGCCUCGCCAUGGCCGACCAAAGAAGUUGAGUGCACGUGUGAUGCCUACAAAUGUAUUGUCACAAUUGUUAAAUUGUUUUGUGUAUUGGCCUGUAUAAAAGGAACAAUUAGAAUGUAUUUUUGCAAUGGAUUUGAGUGGUGUUCUUGAGGAUGCAAUUGCUUGAUUGUGCCACAAGGGGAGGUGUUUGUUUGUGUGAGCGCUAGUAGGGCUGCGCCAUGCUUCCACUUCUUAGACAGAGAACAGCUUGCUGAGCAAUCAGAAGUAACAUCUCCUGUGUCUGAUUUUCCUGUACAAAACAGUUGAGAGACCUUGAAUUGAAGUGCAGCUAGAUCCCUUGUAAAAAGUGUAAGCGACAUGGUGGUCUUCCCACGCCGACAUUUAUUUUGUUUGGUCAUUGCUCCUGGACAUGUGCACCUUAUAAGUUUAUAAAUUACAGUUAUUUCAAUAGUUGUGUGUGUAUAUAUAGUUGUAAUGUGUUGGUAAGGUUAAAGAGACCGAGGUAUUUGUAUAAUGUAGGCCUCUGUAUUGUUUUUGUAUUUUGUAUUUAAAAAUGUACUAAAAGUGUGGAACAAGCAGGCUAAACAGUAUUAAAGCUGCUGGAUGGAUAUGAUUUUGGAGCUGAUAAGAGCAGUAACUAUGAGUCAUAGUACCAGUUAAGACUGGGAUAGGUGAUGUAUUUCUGUUAAACUUAACAACAAAUUUGUACAUUUAUAUAAUUUGUAAAAUAUAUUAUUGUCAAAGUGGUUUGAAUGAAGAAGGAAAAAAAAGAUAUAUUCUGUUUAAUAAAGACAGAGAACAGCUUGCUGAGCAAUCACAAGUAACAUCUCCUGUGUCUGAUUUUCCUGUACAAAACAGGACACAAUAUCUGUUCACAGGUUACUCAUGCUUGAGGCCUGUAACAGAAAUUUGGAGGCACCGCUGGGAUCGGCAUCUGACGAGAGUUGGUGCUGAUCCUUUAACCUACGAACCAGGCAGAUGUCGCAGGACCAGUACGGUGGAGUGGCAGGCGUGCAACUGAGGCGGCUACAGGACCAGAGAUUGUGAGGGAACCCCAGCUGGAGGAAUGCAGUUUUGCUUGCUCAAGGUGACUGGACUCUGAGUCAUUGCUGGCCAAGGGACAUGGCAUGGAGGACGUUGAAAGAAAAGAACUGACCUGGAAGGUAAAGAAGAGUCUUCACACGCUGACAGUGGAGGAACUCUUUCAGGUUGCUGAGAACAUCACACCGGUACCAGAUCUUGAUUCUUCAAGUGUAAUCCAUGGUGAUGAGGGAAGUUGUUUUGAUUAUAUAUGCCCUUACCUGAAUUUUAAAAUGUUGCUUGAUUUAGAGGACCAGGGAUGUUCUCACUUGCUCUCCUUGAAAGAUGCUAUUACUAAACUCCUUGCUAUUCAUGUCACUGAAGUCAGUCAGCCUACAGUAUUAGGGGAUGAUGCUAUUACACUGACAACAACACUCACACAGGCUGUAGCAGCUCCACGGGGUACUGUAGAGAGUAAUAUUACAGACACAUUUCCUGUAGAGCCACAAGCAGUUGAGUACAAAAAGCUAAUGGUUAACUAUGAGGCUUUGGGUAGGAAGCUAGCUGAGUUUCAGAUAACACAACCAGCACAACACACACCUACCUCUACUGCCACACAGCCACCACACUCUAGACACACAACUAGACCUCAUAGCCACCCUAACCUCACAAGACCCAAAACACUGUACACCUGACAAGGUAGUCUCCCUGAGAGACCUAUCAUUCCUCCAACGCAGAGAAUUUAAAGUACAUAGAGGUCAAGUUGGAGACAAAACAGCAGACAUCAGCUACCAUGGAUUAUGCAAGCAGAUUGAUGAGGGACUCAAGGCGGGCCAUACAGAGGGGGAGGUAAUCCAAGGUGUUCUCCGCAUCCUCAAACCAGGACAGUUUAAGGAUAUGUUGAUUAACAAGGACGACUUGACCCUCUCUGAGCUUAAAAGCUUCAUGCGUUCUCAUCUUAGUGAAAAGAGCAUAGCGAGUUAUUUCAGGAGCUAAUGAGCACCAAGCAACAUGAGCAUGAGAGUCCCCAGCAGUUCCUCUACAGAAUGAUAGGACUGAAACAGAAAGUCAUGUUUGCAUCCAGACAGGAUAGUAUGGACAUUGAGUAUGAGCAGCGCACAAUCCAGAAUGUGUUUCUGCGCACCAUCCAUCAGGGUCUUCUCUCCAAGUACAGUGACAUUCGUAAUGAACUCAAGCCUCUCCUGUCUGAUUACACUGUUUCAGAUGAAACACUGAUAAGACAAGUUAACAAAGUGUCUAGUGAGGAGAGUGAGAGACAGCGAAGACUGGGACAUUGUCCACGACAGAAGGUAACCCAUGCUCACAGUGCUCAACUGGAGCCUGAUAUAGACAGUGAGAAACUACCUGAUUACAAAGCAAAGAAUAAAAAUAAAGUCAUAGAGGAAUUGAGUGCGAAGGUUGAUGCUCUGACUAAAAUGGUGGAGUGUCUCACAGCCCUCAAGACGCCCGAACAAACUUGUCAAUGUACCCAUACCAAGCAAAGGGUCAAACAAACAGCAAAACAGUAUGGCUGCCCUAAGUGUGUUGAAAGGGGUGCUAGCUCUUGCAACCAUUAUUUCACAUGUGGGGAGGCAGGUCAAAGGGCAGUAGGAUGUCUCAAACGGGGUCAAACAAGGAACAUCAUUCAGCCCUCUGCUGACGCUCACUCACUAAGCAGUAGCAGACAGCAGUACCCCACAAAGCUAGAGUUGCAAACAGAUGAACCCGCCCAUGUAAAAACCAGCUGUGUAAAUCCCCCAUUAACAAACAAAGAGACUGAAGCUAAUGAAAGAGUGGCUCAGCUAGUGGGAAAGAAAUGUAAAAUAAAGUGCUAUAUUCACAGCUAUGCGGUGGAUAGUUUGUUGGACUCUGGUGACCAAGUAAGCAUCCUCGACCGCAAGUGGGUAAAGACAUACCUUCCUGACCACAAGCUGCGACCACUGGCUGAACUUAUAGGACAAAAGGCUCUCAGUGUGCUAGCUGUGAAUUGUCAACCGUUGCCAUAUGAUGGUUGGGUGGGAGUGAUGGUGAGUUUUCCAAACAACAGUGACCCAAACCUAGCAAUACAAGUGCCCUUCCUGGUGAGUAGUGUGCCCAUGGACUGCCCUCUGAUUGGUUUUAAUGUGGUUGAACAGCUGAUACUGGGACCAAAGGAAAGCACAGAUCUCAUACCAACCAUUGUGAGUCUUAUUUGUCGUGCCAUGGACCUACAGGAUGACAAAGCCACUUCGUUAGUCAACUUCGUCCAUGCAAAAGUCGCCAGUAAUGAUGUCAGCCAGACUCAACUGAAAGUGGGACUGCAGGAUGUGGUCAUUCCAACUGGUCAGGUCAGACACAUUAAGUGUAAAAUACCAUCCACACUUGACAUAUCCAACCCACUUGUGCUCUUUGAACCCAGUGAGAGUAACCCACAGUUACAACAACUGGAUAUCGGCGACAGCCUUCUAGAGAUUUGUCAGGCUAGUGGCCCUUUUGUAAGAGUCCCCAUUGGCAACCACACCAAACACGACGUGACCUUGUUCUGUAAAACUGCCCUUGGGAGCAUUGAGCCAAUAUCCAGAAUUAUACCGACUGAUGAGCUGAACCAGACUGAGACAAGUGUUGCUCAGGGGGGCAACAGGGACGAACACCCUGAUAGUCAGCAGGACAAACGGGGGAGAGUGGCACAGGAAUGGGACCCACCAGUUGAUGUUAACCACUUAACUGAGGAUCAGCAGAAGAUUGUAAAGAAAAUGUUGCGAGAAGAGUCCAGGGCAUUUGCACGAGACGACAAUGACGUGGGGUGUAUACCUGGCCUGGAAAUGUCCAUUACCCUCAAGGACAGUACUCCAAUCCAAAAAUCAUAUACUUCUAUCCCAAAACCCCUUUAUAAAGAGGUAAAGGAGUACAUUGAGGAUCUUCUGGUUAGAGGGUGGAUUGUGAAGUCUAAAUCUCCUUACUCAGCACCAGUAGUCUGUGUGCGGAAGAAAGAUGGGACGCUCAGACUCUGUAUUGAUUAUCGGCUCUUGAAUCAACGCACUGUUCCAGACCGACACCCUUUGCUGAGAAUCCAAGAUCUCACAGAUACUUUGGGUGGGUACAGUUGGUUAUCCAUCCUAGACCAAGGGAAGGUGUACCAUUAGGGGUUCAUUGCAGAGGGGUCGCGCCACUUGACUGCAUUCAUCACCCCCUGGGGUCUUUACGAGUGGGUACAAAUCCCCUUCAGGCUAACAAAUGCACCCGCUGUGUUUCAACGCAGUAUGGAAGAAAUGCUUGCUCCCCUUCGAGAUGAGUGUUGUAUUCCAUAUUUGGAUGAUAUACUGUGCUACGCCAGAACAUUCGAGGACCAUGUUGAAGGGCUGAGAAAGGUCCUGAGAGCCCUACAGAAUCAUGGAGUCAAACUCAGGCCAACAAAAUGUGACCUGUUUAAAUGAGAUGUGAGAUAUGUUGGUCGUUUGGUUUCAGCCAAGGGUGUGCGCAUUGAUCCUAAGGACCUGGAGGCAGUGUACGAUCUGAAGAAUGAAGCACCUGCCACUGUUGGAGAUGUGCGGAGAGUCAUGGGCUUUUUGAGUUACUACCGUUCAUAUGUCCAAGAUUUCUCCAAACUGGCAACACCCAUCUACGAACUCCUGCAACCAAAGAGAAACAAAGAAGAGCAGCCUCACGGGAGACAUGGGGGACAGAGAGGAAAGGGUGCACAGUUUCCAUCUAAAACCCCAGUUGACUGAGAAACAUCAGGAGACACUGUGCAAGUUGAUUGACAUGCUGGUGAACCCCCCUGUCCUCGCUUAUCCAGACUUCGAGCUUCAUUUUGUGCUCCACACGGAUGCGUCCGAUAAAGGACUUGGAGCUGUCCUUUACCAGAGUCAGGGUGGGAAGCUGAGAGUAAUUGGAUAUGGCUCAAGGACCCUUACACCAGCGGAAAAGAAUUACAGGUUCCACUCAGGCAAACUAGAGUUUCUUGCCCUAAAGUGGGCAGUCUGUGAGAAAUUCAGGGAUUACUUGUUUUACGCCCCACAUUUUACCAUCUACACGGACAAUAAUCCCUUGACGUAUGUCAUGAGUACUGCUAAGUUGAAUGCAGUUGGCUACAGGUGGGUGGGAGAACUAUCAGAUUUUAGAUUUGACAUUCGUUACCGACCCGGCAAAGUAAAUGUUGAUGCAGAUACUCUUUCAAGAUGCCCCCUCGACAUCAACAGAUAUGUCACUGAGUGCACAAAGGAACUCCCCAGAGAAGCUGUCACUGCCACAUGGGAAGGCUGUGGGGCAGGCAAGCGUGGAGAUGUUGCCUGGGUUGCUGCCUUGGCUCUAACACAGGGUGACCAACUUGAACCAAGCAGCUGAGAAGUCGUGCCGCCUAUUGAUUUGGCUGAACUACAAAAAGCUCAGAGAACAGACCCAGUGAUCGGUGAAAUUUUGAAAAUGAAAGAGUCAAACAAAACACUCACAGAUGAAAUGAAACGCAGUGUGAGGGGCAGUGCCAGGAAAAUGAUGCAUGAAUGGACAAAGUUUCACAUUGAAGAUGGGGUUCUCUACCGUAAGACAGCGGAGAGACGUCAGCUAGUCUUACCUGUCGCCUUUAAGUAACUAGUUCUCAAGAACCUACAUGAUAACAUGGGCCAUGUCGGAGCAGAAAGGGUCCUCGGUUUGGCAAGGCAAAGAUUCUAUUGGCCCUACAUGAGGCGAGAGAUCGAAGCUUAUGUCACCAGACAUAUGCAUAAAACAAAAGAAGCCAGUGACAAACACACAAACCCCAAUGUCUAGUAUAACCACAAGUUCACCCAUGGAGCUCAUCUCCAUAGAUUACUUACACCUAGAACUGAGCAGAGGAGGCUACCAAUACAUCCUAGUUGUGGUAGACCACUUUACUAGGUAUGUACAGGCCUACCCAACCAGCAAUAUGAGUGGGAAAACAGCAGCGGAGAAGAUUUUCAACGAUUAUAUUCCCAGGUUUGGCUACCCAUCAAAGCUGCACCACGACCAAGGGUGCGAGUUUGAGAAUGAACUCUUUCAGACACUACAACAACUGAGCAGAGUGGGACACUCACGGACAACCCCCUAUCACCCCCAGGGUAAUCCAGUUGAGCGGUUCAACCGCACUGUGCUGCAGAUGCUGAGGACCCUAGGUGAGAAACAAAAGGAAAGGUGGAAGGAUUAUCUUCCUCAGGUUAUCCAUGCAUACAAUUGUACAUGCCACGAAGCAACUGGGUACUCACCUUUCUUCCUGCUUUUUGGCCGACAUCCAUGUUUACCUAUAGAGCUGCUAUUCAGAAUGACAACCAGUGAGCUACCACAGACAGCAAGAGGGUAUGCUGAAAAGUGGGCAGAACGGAUGACCGAAGCUUACCGGAUAGCAUCAGAAAACCGCAAAAAGUCGAGCGCUCGUGGUAAGAAAUAAUAUGAUCAACACACAAAAGGAGUAGUGUUGCAACCAGGAAAUUGAGUGCUGGAAUGAAACUUGAGUGAAAGGGGUGGUCCUGGAAAGUUAAGGUCAUAUUGGGAAAACACUAUCCAUGUUGUGAAAGAACAGAUCAAUGACAGUCCAGUCUACAGGGUGGCCUCAGAAAUGGAUGGCAGCAAAUCACGAGUCUUGCAUCACAAUCUGUUGCAUCUCAUUAGUGACCUCCCUGUUGACGUACCGGCAGCAGAAAAAGAGACUUAGACAUCACCAGAGAAGAAGAAAAGACCAAAAACAGCUCACAAAGAGGUGGAACUGCUACCGAACAGUGAGACUGGUUCAGAUGAUGACGAAAGCUCCACCUACGAUGAACUAAGAUAUAACCUGAGAAGUGGAAACGGAAAGAAUGUUACACCUACCUGUGAACCUACCUGUGUUCCCUUCAGGAAUUCAGCUCCUGCUGAGUCCAGUCGAACAAUUAUCUAUGGAGAAUACGUGAGGGACGGAGGAACAAAGCACAUGGGAAAGACAUUCACAAAAGUAACAAGAGGACAAAGAGAGACUGAACCAGGACCGGGUGGUAGACACCAAAAUGAUGAACCUAACAGUGACAGUGAAGAGGGGGGACCUGCAAAAGUGAGAGAGUCAGAGAUCAGCCAUGUACUGGCCAUGGGGAGUGAAAGUGAAGCUGAGCAGUUCCGUCCAGAAGAGUCACAAGUUGGGCCUGACCUGACCCCUGACCCUGAUGAACACACACUCAAAAGGUCCACUAGAGAUAGGCGGCCAGCAACACUGUUUACUUACAAUACAUUAGGUCAGCCUUCUCGACAUUCAUUAGUCAAUAGUGUAGACAUUUAUGAAACACCAAACAUGGCACUUUGGGGCAUGCAACCAUAUCACCUGGCACCUAACCCUUUUCAAGUGUCAUAUCAUGUUCCAUCUUCCUAUGCUCCACACCUUUACACCAUUCCAGUAUGUCAUAACAGGCCAGGUCUAUAUAGGUUAAGAGGCUAAGGAAAUGCACUUUGAGUUACGAUUGUUUUGAGUAAUGUUGAGUAAGAGUUUAAAGGUAAAAUGUCAGGAGCCAUUUUAUUUUUUGUUGGGGAGUGUGUGAUGCCUACAAAUGUAUUGUCACAAUUUUUAAGUUGUUUUGUUUAUUGGCCUGUAUAAAAGGAACAAUUAGAAUGUAUUUUUGCAAUGGAUUUGAGUGGUGUUGUUGAGGAUGCAAAUGCUUGAUUGUGCCACAAGGGGAGGUGUUUGUUUGUGUGAGCGCUAGUAGGGCUGCGCGAUGCUUCCGCUUCUCAGACAGAGAACAGCUUGCUGAGCAAUCAGAAGUAACAUCUCCUGUGUCUGAUUUUCCUGUACAAAACAGGUUAGUAGUGUGUGUUAUUUUGCUGCAAUACAUUUCUAAGGACUUUUAAAGCCUUAAUUAUGUUGUUCCGACAACGUUUUAUGUGUAAAACUGUGGUUUAUUCAGUUGAGAGACCUUGAAUCAAAGUGUAGCUAGAUCCCUUGUAAAAAGUGUAAGCGACAUGGCGGUCUUCCCACGCCGACAUUUAUUUUGUUUGGUCAUUGCUCCUGGACAUGUGCACCUUAUAAGUUUAUAAAUUACAGUUAUUUCAAUAGUUGUGUGUGUAUAUAUAGUUGUAAUGUGUUGGUAAGGUUAAAGAGACUGAGGUAUUUGUAUAAUGUAGGCCUCUGUAUUGUUUUUGUAUUUUGUAUUUAAAAAUGUACUAAAAGUGUGGAACAAGCAGGCUAAACAGUAUUAAAGCUACUGGAUGGAUAUGAUUUUGGAGCUGAUAAGAGCAGUAACUAUGAGUCAUAGUACCAGUUAAGACUGGGAUAGGUGAUGUAUUUCUGUUAAACUUAACAACAGAUUUGUACAUUUAUAUAAUUUGUAAAAUAUAUUAUUGUCAAAGUGGUUUGAAUGAAGAAGGAAAAAAAAAAGAUAUAUUCUGUUUAAUAAAGACAGAGAACAGCUUGCUAAGUAAUCACAAGUAACAUCACCUGUGUCUGAUUUUCCUGUACAAAACAGGACACAAUAUUUGUUCACAGGUUACUCAUGCUUGAGGCCUGUAACACACGUGCUCAGCGUCAUAUCCAGAGGCUGUCGUUGGGAAAUAGACAUAUGAGUGCUGCUGGCAUUGCUGCAGAGGUUGAAGGGGUGGGGGGUCAGCCUGUCAGUGCUCAGACCAUACGCCGCACACUGCAUCAAAUUGGUCAAGAAGGAAGCCUCUUCUAAAGAUGAUGCACAAGAAAGCCCGCAAACAGUUUGCUGAAGACAAGCAGACUAAGGACAUGGAUUACUGGAACCAUGUCCUGUGGUCUGAUGAGACCAAGAUAAACUUAUUUGGUUCAGAUGGUGUCAAGCGUGUGUGACGGCAACCAGGUGAGGAGUACAAAGACAAGUGUCUUGCCUAGCAUGGUGGUGGGAGUGUCAUGGUCUGGGGCUGCAUGAGUGCUGCUGUCACUGGGAAGCUACAGUUCAUUGAGGGAACCAUGAAUGCCAACAUGUACUGUGACAUACUGAAGCAGACCAUGAUCCCCUCCCUUUGGAGGGACUGGGCCGCAGGGCAGUAUUCCAGCAUGACAACAACCCCAAACACAUCUCCAAGACGACCACUGCUUUGCUAAAGAAGCUGAGGGUGAAGGUGAUGGACUGGCCAAGCAUGUCUCUAGACCUAAACCCUAUUGAGCAUCUGUGGGGCAUCCUCAAACGGAAGGUGGAGGAGCACAAGCUCUCUAACAUCCACCAGCUCCGUGAUGUCGUCAUGGAGGAGUGGAAGAGGACUCCAGUGGCAACCUGUGAAGCUCUGGUCAACUCCAUGCCCAAGAGGGUUAAGGCAGUGCUGGAAAAUAAUGUUGGCCACACAAAAUAUUGACACUUUGGACAUUUUCACUUAGGGGUGUACUCACUUUUGUUGCCAGUGGUUUAGACAUUAAUGGCUUUGUGUUGAGUUUAUGGUGCUAAAGAGGUUCGGCUUUGAGGAUGGACUGAUAUCAUGGAUCCGUUUAUUAUAUAUGGAACCGCAAGCUUCCAUAUAUACCAACGAUGCUAAAUCUGACUAUUUUACUUUGUCAUGGGGUACGCACCAGGGAUGUCCUCUGUCUCCCUUACUUUUUGUCAUAGCCAUUGAGCCUCUCUCAUUGACGCUUAGAACUCUUCCUGUAUUUCAGAGUAUAUUCUGCAAAUGGAAUUGAACAUAAACUAGCCCUAUAUAUAGCCUAUACAUCCCUACACAUAUUAAAUGACUUUGGGAAAUUUUCCGGGUAUAAACUGAACCUGCAAAAGAGUGAAUGCAUCCUCAUAAAUCAAUCUGGCCAAAAAAUAAAACUGACUGAAAUACCUUUUCAUUUGGAGGAUUCAAAAUUCAAAUAUCUCGGAAUUAAUGUCACCGGUUCAUUUUCUGCAUUAAUGGCGAAUUUUACACCCUUAAUUUCAUACAUGAAGUCAGCCUUUCAAAGAUGGGCAGCUCAACCAUUAUCCCCUCUUGGUAGAAUAAACACAGUAAAAAUGAACAUUCUUCCAAAAUUCCUCUACCUUUUCCAGUCCAUCCCUUUGUUUUUACCCAAAUCUUUCUUCAAGAAUAUAGACCAAUUAAUCUCCUCUUUUAUAUGGGCAGGAAAAACACCAGGGUUUCCAAAUUUUCACUUCAAAAGAGUCGACUUAAUGAUGGCCUCUCAUUGCCCAAUUUCAUGUAUUAUUAUUGGGCGGCUAAUAUUCAGAAACUGGUGCUCUGGGUGCAGGCCCCCUCUCUUCCAUGGUGCCACUUAGAAGCAAAGUCUUGUCACAAUUACUGAGCAAGUGUGUAAAAAAAAAAUCAAUGUUCAAACUAGGCUUGCUGGGAAGUCGGUGUUCCCGGUGUUACACUGUGUUUGGCCACACACCGAUUACAUCACUUGCCCACCGUGGCACCGCCCCCACUGUCGUUUUGCUUUUUUAUAGUAAUAAAAAUCAUUUAGUUCAGUUAGAGAACGGACGCUACAAUUAAAAACUGAACACGUCAGCUCAAUUCAGCAUGACAUGAAUGAGUCCGAGUCACAGCACAGAUCAGAUUUCAUUUAUCACGUAACGAGAGUGAGGCGAGCGGACUGACAAGACGAUGGUGGAAUAUUUGGUUUUGAAAGUUCUAUGUUUAAUAUAAGCGAGUUUUUCAUUUAACUGUUUUGUUGUGUUUUUCAUAAAGAAUAAUAAUGAACCCAGCAUUUAAGCAAUUGCUUAAAUUAACAUGGGAAAUUUUCCUCAAACAUAAAUGCUAUCAGUUCAGUGUUGAAACAAUAGAGUUUAAAGGUCUAAAUCUAAGGAAUCACAAAUAAGUCUGAAAAGUCUAAAUGGGGGCUACAAGGAUGAAGGAGGUCAGGCACGUGGUUAGAAGGACAAUCUGUCUGUGAACCUUUGCACUUAUGAGAUAUUUUCAAAGUGUCUCCUGGUUUUUGCUCUUUAGUUUACCCAGAUAUCACCUGUGAUUCACCAUCUGUCCCAAAUGCGGUUGUCAGUGGAAGCUCACCUUACAGAUAUGGUGUCUCAGUCCAAAUCUUGUGUAAUGAAGGCUACAGAAUAGAGGGGUCUAAUAAGUUGA